UUCACGUUCUACAUGAUCCGUUUCCGUAAAUGUGGGAUGUCCAGCUCGGCCAUCGUUUACCUGAGCUGUCUGGCCAUUGUUGACACGUUCUAUCUGGUGUGGGUCAUACUUCUGGACCUGACUUUGAGCUUUUGGAUCCUUCAACCCUUCUGGCACUUCUUCCCCUGGUGUGGUAUCCUUGGGUUCCUACAGUACGGCUCUCUCUACAGCUCCUCCUGGAUUGUGGUGGUGUUCACCAUCGAGCGCUACCUGGUCCUCCGCAGCCCAGCAUCCAAGCAGAACCUUUCCCAAUCCUGGGCCACUAAAAUGAUCUGCACAGUUGUUGUCCUGCUGUCCCACCUGGUGUCUGUGCCCAUGGGCUGGAUCAAUAUCGUCACACCUGUGAACUUCACCAUACAUGGGGAGAACACAACCCUCCCUCGAUGUCGAUAUCGCAAUCACACCUACUCUACAGUUGUAGUGUGGAUAGCUACCUUCCUAUCCGGAGGAAUUCCCAUUGUGUUGGUCAUCACCUUCAAUUGCCUCAUUGGGUACCACCUAUGCCGGGCCAGUAACCUCUUCACAAAGGAGGAACGACGUUUUAUGUAUGGAAAGAGCACCAGAAGCACAUUGAAGAGAACGAUUCUCCUGCUGUUAACCGUCUCUGUGGCCUUUGUCGUUCUUAGCCUGCCUCGAUUUGUCACAUACUGCAUCCUUAGGACCAGGUACAAUGAUGAAACCUUCAACAGGAAUGACUACAGCAUUCCCAUCAAUGUAGCCGGGGACAUGGCUAACAUGCUACAGAACCUUAACUCCACCACCAACUUUUUGUUGUACUGCAUGGUUAGUCGUCGCUUCCGGCAGGAGUUGGUUCAGACCAUGAGGUGUAAGGCAACAUCCAGCGAUCUGAGCUCCCUUCUGAGCAACACCACUAUGAAGGUUUUCUCUGUUGUAAAUAACACGGCUUCUCCAUCCAGGAACUCUAUGACUGUGGUUUUAACCAGUCUCAAACCAAUGGGGUAGAAAGGAACGGUUUAAAUGGAUUUUGGCUUCGGUUGAAUCAGGUCCUCUGACUGAGCUCCUAUGAUGAUGAUGCCAACAUUUCAGCCUAAUAAAUUAUCGCAAAACAGUUUUUAUUUCAACUCCAUUUGGUUUAGGAUUUUUCAGAAAGAAUAAAUGCACUAAAGAGGGGAUGGAAACUCAUGUUGUUAAAUAAGUUUUCACGUAGUGAGAAUCAUUGUUAAUGCCAGCAAUAGAAUCAGACAUCCUUCUCGGUCUCAUUGCUAAUACAACCUAACAUAUUAAGUUACCUAACUACCAGGAUUGCAACAAAUUCAUUCAUCUUAUUACUGCUUUGUGGUAUGUGCUGUUUGCCACCUCUACUUGCUGUGCAGCCAAGUGUAACUCGGAUGCAUCAAGAAAAGUUCCAAAAAGGCAAUAAGAAAAUGCUGUCUGAAUCCUUGAAAUUGCACAAUCCUGGCAUAUCUGGCAUAGACAGCAGACCAGAUCAGUAGUGGUAUCACCAGGGGAGUUACUGGAAUGAAGUCAGGGAAACAGUGAGUAAAGUUUGCUCAUUAUUGCAUUAAAUACCUCCACAAACACCUCUCAGAGCUCGAUAGGGGUAAUGUUUUCAUGCCCCAAAGCAGUUUGUAGUAGGCAAUGGUUAGCAUAUAUGGUUAGCAUAUAUGAACUACUCCACGGGUAGGGCACCCAACUUGCAAAACAGUUGCACAGCACCUCAUGCUAUCCUGUAUAUUCAAUUCUGUUUAUGUUUUAUUCCAUUCAAUAACAUUCUCUUUAAACAUUCUGUCCUCACAAUCAACAAAGUCCUAGUUUGUCUCCUUGCAAACCUUGAGGUACUGUGAGGAACUACUCCGGUUCAGUGUGUAGCCAGCAUUUACUUCCUGGUUACUGGAUCCUACAGUAUGAGUUACCAGAGUUGUCAAAACAGAGCAUUGCCUUUGGUAUUUUA